AUGUCGCCCGUCAAGGAGCUCUCACCCCCAGUCAUAGUGGCUAAGCCCAAGACUCCCCUCCCGUCCCUCGACGUCAUCAUGCAGUCGCUCAACGACCUCGACCGCGCCGGUCCCCUUACCUCAACCAAGGGAAGCGCCUUCCUCGUCUCCCCCGUCGUGGGAGCGACCCUCCUCACGUCCGCGGCCAAGCUGGCCAAGAACGCUGAACCACCCCUUAUGAGCCCCACCUCGCCCAUAGUUUGGCACCCCAUCGCUUUAGCUGGUAUGCCCCUCAACCCCGCCGCCACGGGGUACGAUAAGAUCUUCUUCGAGGGCCAGGUGCGCCCGGUCUCGGUCGCGGCCUUUGAGGACCUUCUCUUCCUCACCCGCAUCGCCAAAUGGAAGGUCGCAUACCACGAGGGUCAGCCGUUCAGCCGCUCCGAGCAGCUCCCGUACUUCGGGCGCGUUGACGAGGCACUCGUCCGUGAGGGCCUCGAGAAGACCAUCGCCGAGAUCUGGUCGUCUGACAGCGCCCGUGAGGUGGCCGAGGCCGACAAGGCCCGCACGCUUGCCGACAUCAUUGUGUCGCCCACUACACCCCUCGGCGAAGUCAUCGGCGCCCUGCAGAAGGCUUUCGAGCUCUGCACCGCCACGAUGGAGCGCUUCGGCGGCGCGACCUUCAACGCCAUUCACCCCGACCAGCGCUCGGUCUUCGAGCUUACCAUCAAGCACCGCCCCGACCGCCUUGUCAUUGAGUGGCCCGCCUCCCUUGGCCCCGACUUCCUCACGGCCCUCACCACCAACGCUGAGACGCUCCGUGAGGCCGACAUGGACCCCUGUUUCGUCGACUUUGUCGCGUUCCACAUCGGUUACGAGCUCCUGCGCGGCGGCGCCAAGCUCGACACUAAGGAUGCCCGCUGGCUCGGCACUCCCGGCUUCCGCAAGGACACGCAGACGUUUGUCAGUCUCACGGACCCUGGAGAGGGGCACAUCUUCGGCACCACCCGCCGCUCGCGCUGGCUCAAGGGCGCCAUCUGUCACGUCGAGCACCUCGAGCGUCCCGGCAAUCUCCCGCGUGAGGAGAUCGAGUCGUACCGGAUCCCCUCCAUCUUCGAGUUCGCCCGCGUGCGCCUGCACACCGGCAAGUCGGCACCCAACACCUAUUUCGUCGGCCGCCGUGUCAAGGACUCGACGUCCGGCACCUUUGCGCACGACUUCAUCAAGGUUGUCAACCUGACCUCGGCCGCGUGCUCGGCCGCUUUCCAGCUCGGUGCGGCUGAGACCAAGGUGGCGAUGGACGGUCUCAAGGCCAGUGAGCAGGUCGCGUACAUGCGCGCGAUGAGCGGCCAUGUCCUCCGCAACUACAAGCAGGUCCUGAGUGCCGCCUACAACCUUAACGCGCCUCUCAUUGACGACCUCGCCCGCCCCAUACUCAACAGCGACAACGAGGAGGUCUACCCCUUAAUCACUGACAACUAUGAGAUUGCCAAGCGGGGAAUCGAGCUCGCCUCUCUCGGUGGCUUUGACAAGGUCACGUUUGACGGCGCCAGCGACACGUACCCGUCGCAGUGCGUGAUCCUGCAGAUCUCUGUUGAAAAGGCCCUCGAGCUUGUCCACUUAGCCCACCAGGCUGGCCUCAUCACCUACAUGUCGGCUGGGUUCAAGUUCAACCACAUCGCCGACGCGGUUUACACCGGCGUCGAUGGUAUCGGUAUCGGAGGUGCCCAGAUCCUGCGCUACAUGGACUCUGAAACGGGCCACCACGGUCCUUACACUGAGGAGUUUAUCGACCGCAUCGACUUUGAGCGUGACCAGGCGGCCAACUCUGUCCGCGGGCGCGGUGUCAACCUCCUUUGCCGUCUUGACCGCAUGUUCUACGAGGGCUCGCUCAAGAUGGAGGAGGAUGCUCUCCGCUCGCCUCUGUUCGAGGCUCUUCGCGACGUCGACGAGCCCGCGAUCGAGGGCUUCCUCGCAAACCCCGUUCUCGCCGACAUUAUCGCGAUGAAGGACGACGGCGAGAACCCCGUCAUUGGUAACGCGCGCCGCCUCAUGCGUGGCGACGUCCUCCUCAAGACGCGUCACCCCGAAAUGGACGCCAAGUGGGCUAAGCUGGAGCGCGACCUCGGGGAGCUGCUCAAGAACCCCGACGAGGAGGUGCUCGCUGGCUACUACCGCUCGCAGCCGUGGACGGCUUUCCGCGAGGCGUACGCCAAGAUGAUGAUGACGACCCGCGGCGACCGUCUGUAUACGAUCAAGUCUGCGCCUCGUGUCUAG